AUGAUGUGUGAGGUGAUGCCAACCAUCAGUGAGGCCGAGAUUCCCGCCGGGGGAAAUGGAGGCCACGGUUCAGGUUCCCCGUUGCAGUCAGAUGCCGAUUCCCACUUUGAGCAGUUAAUGGUGUCCAUGCUGGAAGAAAGGGAUCGCCUGCUGGAAACGCUCCGAGAAACUCAGGAGACGCUCGCGCUCACCCAGGGCAAGCUGCACGAGGUUGGCCAUGAGAGGGAUUCCUUGCAGAGGCAGCUCAAUACUGCACUUCCACAGGAAUUUGCAGCGCUCACAAAAGAGCUGAAUGUAUGCAGGGAGCAGCUGCUUGAAAGGGAAGAAGAAAUUGCUGAACUGAAAGCAGAAAGAAAUAAUACAAGGCUACUACUGGAACAUUUGGAGUGUCUUGUCUCCAGGCAUGAGCGAUCCCUCAGGAUGACUGUUGUGAAGAGGCAAGCUCAGUCUCCAGCAGGAGUUUCUAGUGAAGUAGAAGUUCUCAAAGCACUAAAAUCUUUAUUUGAGCACCACAAAGCCCUUGAUGAAAAGGUAAGGGAGAGGUUACGAGUAGCACUUGAAAGAUGUAGCUUGUUGGAAGAAGAGCUAGGUACUACACAUAAAGAGUUAAUGAUUCUGAAAGAGCAAAAUAAUCAGAAGAAAACACUUCCAGAUGGGAUGCUGGAUAUAAAUCACGAACAAGAAAAUACACCAACUACAAAUGGGAAGAGAUCCUCUGAUGGUUCGUUGUGCCAUGAUGAAAACCUUGCUAAAGUGAUUGAACUCCAAGACAUCAUAGAUAAACAAAACAAAGAGCAGACACAAAUGAAAGAACGCCUCACUUCUUUGUCCAGCAGAGUAACAGAGCUGGAAGAAGAUCUAGACACAGCAAGGAAAGACUUAAUCAAAUCUGAAGAAAUGAACACAAAGUUACAGAGGGAUGUACGAGAGACUCUGGCCCAGAAGGAGGACAUGGAGGAGAGAAUCACCACUCUGGAGAAACGCUACCUCGCUGCACAACGUGAAGCUACAUCUGUGCAUGACCUCAAUGAUAAACUUGAAAAUGAAAUUGCCACUAAAGACUCCAUGCACCGACAGAGUGAAGAUAAGAACAGGCAACUGCAAGAGCGACUGGAACUGGCUGAGCAAAAGCUGCAGCAGACCCUGAGAAAAGCUGAGACUUUGCCAGAGGUGGAGGCUGAGCUGGCACAGAGAGUGGCAGCACUUACAAAGUCUGACCUUUUGUCUCCUGGGAGCUCUGCUGCUAAAGAUGCUAAAGUUUUGGAACUUGCCACCAAGCUUAGGAAGGCUGAGGAGAGACACGGCAAUAUUGAGGAGCGACUGAGACAGAUGGAGGCACAGCUUGAAGAGAAGAAUCAAGAACUGCAAAGGGCUAGACAGAGAGAGAAGAUGAAUGAAGAGCAUAAUAAACGUUUGUCAGAAACUGUUGAUAAGCUCCUAUCUGAAUCCAAUGAAAGGCUCCAGCUUCAUCUCAAGGAGAGGAUGGCUGCCCUGGAAGAUAAGAAUUCACUUCUUCAAGAAAUUGAAAAUGCAAAAAAACAAAUAGAAGAACUUCAGCAUGAAAAGGAUCAACUUGUAUUAAAUGUUGAUGCGCUAAGGGCUGAAAAUGACCAAGUGAGACUCAGAGCCACAUCACUUCAUCAUAGCAGGCCGGAUUUCAGAUUCCCUGUGCCAUCCUCCUCUGUGGGGGACAGUCACACUGACUCCUAUGGCACCUCCUCCGUGCUGAGGCGGCCCCAGAAGGGGCGUCUGGCUGCUCUCAGGGACGAGCCUUCAAAGGUUCAGACCCUGAAUGAGCAGGACUGGGAGCGGGCCCAGCAAGCCAGUGUGCUGGCAAACGUGGCACAAGCAUUCGAGAGUGAUGUGGAUGUGUCUGACGUGGAGGACGACAGGGAGACCAUUUUCAGCUCGGUUGAUCUGCUGUCACCAAGUGGUCAGGCUGAUGCUCAGACUUUGGCCAUAAUGCUGCAGGAACAGUUGGAUGCCAUCAACAAAGAGAUCAGGCUGAUCCAGGAGGAGAAGGAGAACACGGAGCAGCGCGCGGAGGAGAUCGAGAGCCGCGUGGGCAGCGGCGGCCUGGAGGCGCACGGCCGGUUCCGCUCGCUGGGCUCCAUCCCGCCCGCCUACGGCGGGGCCCUGGCCGGCUCCUCCCCGCCCGGCAGUGGCCGCUCCACGCCGCGGCGCGUCCCGCACAGCCCGGCCAGGGAGGUGGACAGGCUGGGCAUCAUGACGCUGCCUAGUGAUUUAAGGAAACACCGUAGAAAGUCUCCAGCUUCCAGAGAAGAGGUACGAGAUGACAAAACCACCAUAAAAUGUGAGACAUCACCACCUUCUUCACCUCGGUCUUUGCGUCUGGACAGAGUCCAGAAAGGAGCUCUGCACACAGUGAGCCACGAAGAUAUCAGGGACAUUAGGAAUUCAACAGGCUCACAGGAUGGGCAAACAAGUAAUCCUAGUAGCAGUAACAGCAGCCAAGAUUCCCUUCACAAAGCCCCUAAAAAGAAGGGAAUCAAAUCCUCCAUUGGCCGCCUGUUUGGCAAGAAGGAAAAGGGACGACCUGGACAAGGAAGCAAGGAAGCUCUAGGGCAAGGUGGCAUGGGAGAAGCAGAUGGUUCUUCUCAGGAUGCAUUAGGUCUCAGCAAACUUGGAGGUCAGGCAGAGAAAAACAGGAAAAUGCAGAAAAAGCACGAGUUGCUGGAGGAAGCCAGAAGACAAGGUUUGCCUUUUGCACAGUGGGAUGGGCCCACUGUGGUGGUGUGGCUGGAGCUGUGGGUGGGGAUGCCAGCCUGGUACGUGGCUGCCUGCCGAGCCAAUGUGAAAAGCGGUGCUAUCAUGUCAGCCCUGUCUGACACGGAAAUCCAGCGGGAAAUCGGCAUCAGCAAUCCCCUGCACAGGCUCAAGCUCCGCCUGGCCAUCCAGGAAAUCAUGUCCCUAACCAGCCCCUCUGCCCCUCCCACCUCCAGGACGACCACGGGAAAUGUCUGGGUAACACAUGAAGAGAUGGAAAAUCUUACAGCCACACAACAAACGGAAGAUGAGGAGGGAAGCUGGGCUCAGACAUUAGCCUAUGGUGACAUGAACCACGAGUGGAUUGGCAACGAGUGGCUGCCAAGCCUGGGGCUCCCACAGUACCGCAGCUACUUCAUGGAAUGCCUGGUGGAUGCUCGGAUGCUGGAUCACUUAACUAAAAAAGACCUGCGUGGGCAGCUGAAAAUGGUGGACAGCUUUCACAGAAACAGUUUUCAGUGUGGAAUUAUGUGCCUCCGAAGACUGAAUUAUGAUCGAAAAGAGCUGGAAAGAAAAAGAGAAGAAAGCCAGAGUGAAAUUAAAGAUGUCCUUGUGUGGAGCAACGAGAGGAUGAUCCACUGGGUCGUGUCCAUCGGCCUUAAGGAAUACGCGAAUAACCUGCUCGAGAGCGGAGUUCACGGUGCACUUGUGGCCUUAGAUGAAUCCUUUGAUUACAAUGCAUUAGCUCUUCUGCUGCAAAUCCCCACUCAAAACACACAGGCUCGUGCUGUUCUGGAGAGGGAAUUCAAUAACCUUCUUGCUAUGGGCACUGACAGAAGACUUGAUGAAGAUGAUGAUAAGAGCUUUAGGAGAGCACCUUCGUGGAGAAAGAAGUUUAGACCAAAGGACAUAAGAGGUUUAGCUGCUGGAUCAGCAGAGACUCUUCCUGCAAAUUUCAGAGUUACAACCUCAAUGUCUUCACCCUCUAUGCAGCCAAAGAAGAUGCAGAUUGAUGGCAGUGUAUCAGGAACACAAAGAUUGGAUUCUGCUACAGUAAGGACCUACUCCUGUUAAAGCCUUCUCCUGGUGAGUAAAGCUGGUAGGAAUAAAACUGAAGCAGUUAUUUAUGAAAUAAAACAGCAGGGAUUUUCCUGCAGUGCUUUUACACACUUUAAAGACAGUCCAGGUUCUCAGAGUAGGUUGUUAUACUGGAAAUCCCGAGUUUAUUUCUUACAACGAAGACUGAGGGUUGUAAUGCUGGUU